AUGCUCCAAGAUGAAACGCCACAGGCCUUUCAGCAGCAGUGACAGUUCAGAUGAGAAUCCUUCAACUUCCUUUGCUUCUGGAUCAAUGUAUAGGAGCAAAUCAAAAAUCUCACAUCAACAUAAAAAACCUCCUGAGGUAUUCCGGAAGGACCUCAUCAGUGCCAUGAAAAUUCCGGAUUCUCACCACAUUAGCCCUGACAACUAUUACCUCUUUACGGACACAUGGAAGGAAGAAUGGGAGAAGGGAGUCCAGGUGCCAGCCAGUCCAGAUAAUAUUCCACAGCCUUCCGUCAGAAUUACAGCUGAGAAGGCAAAGGAGGUUCUGUUCAUUCGGCCCCGGAAGUAUAUUCAUUGCUCCAUCCCAGAACCCACAGAGCCUGGCUAUAUCAGCAUCCUAGAACUCGCAGCAUCUGUGUGUCGCUACGACCUAGAUGACAUGGACAUCUUCUGGCUACAAGAACUGAAUGAAGACCUUGCAGAAAUGGGUUAUGGGCCAGUUGAUGAAAAUCUUAUGGAAAAGACAGUAGAAGUCCUGGAACGCCAUUGCCAUGAAAAUAUGAACCAUGCUAUUGAGACAGAGGAAGGGCUAGGCAUAGAGUAUGAUGAAGAUGUGAUCUGUGAUGUGUGCCGGUCUCCAGACAGUGAAGAAGGGAAUGAUAUGGUAUUCUGUGAUAAGUGUAACAUCUGUGUACAUCAGGCCUGCUACGGCAUCCUCAAGGUCCCAGAAGGCAGCUGGUUGUGUCGCCCCUGUGUCCUGGCCAUUCAUCCGCAAUGUAUCUUAUGUCCAAAGAGAGGUGGGGCCAUGAAGACUACCAAGACAGGGUCUAAAUGGGCUCAUGUCAGCUGUGCUCUGUGGAUUCCAGAGGUCAGCAUUGCUUGUCCUGAGAGAAUGGAACCCAUCACAAAAGUCUCCCACAUCCCACCCAGUCGAUGGGCCUUAGUUUGCAGCCUGUGUAAGUUGAAGACAGGGGCUUGUAUUCAGUGCUCAGUGAAAAGCUGCAUCACUGCCUUCCAUGUCACUUGUGCCUUUGAGCACAGCCUAGAGAUGAAGACCAUCCUCGAUGAGAGAGAUGAAGUGAAGUUCAAGUCGUACUGCCUCAAGCACAGCCAGAACAAGCAGAACCCCCUAGUGGAGGCUGAGUUCCCCACACACAGAGCUGCAGAGCAGAGCCAGGCCAAAAGUGAAAAGACCAGCCUUCGGGCUCAGAAGCUUCGGGAGCUGGAGGAAGAGUUCUACUCCCUGGUGCGGGUGGAAGAUGUAGCUGCAGAGCUAGGGCUGCCCACGCUGGUUGCGGAUUGCAUUUACAACUACUGGAAACUGAAGCGUAAAAGUAACUUCAAUAAACCACUGUUUCCUCCAAAGGAAGACGAAGAAAAUGCUCUGGUACAGCCGAAAGAGGAAAGCAUUCACACCCGCAUGAGGAUGUUUAUGCAUCUGCGACAGGACCUGGAAAGGGUCCGAAAUUUGUGCUACAUGAUAAGCAGACGAGAGAAGCUAAAACUGUCACACAGCAAAAUACAAGAACAAAUUUUCAGUUUGCAAGUCCAACAUAUUAACCAGGAAAUUGCUGCAGGACUUCCUUUGACAAAUGCACUAGAAAACUCACUGUUUUACCCACCACCAAGAAUUACCUUAAAGUUAAAAAUGCCCAGAUCAGCCCUGGAAGACUGCAAAAACAGCUCCACGGAGCCUGAUCACGGACCCCUCUCAGCUGAUAGCGGCUCCCCUGUUGUCAAUAUAAGGAGCACGCAGGUGCCUCAGGAGUCAAUAGAAAUGAGAAUGAAAUCAUACCCAAGGCAUCCACUAGAGAGCAAGAAUAACAGUUUGGUGGCCAGUCUCAGUCAUUCUAGGAGUGAAGCAAAGGAGUCCAGUCCUGGUUGGAAAACUCCAUCUCCAGAGUUCUAUCAUGGGCAGUCGGUGGGUAAACCUCUGGUCGUUCAGGCUGCCCUGCAUGGACAGUCUUCCAUUGGGAACAGGAAAAUUCAGCUAAACUCCAGGCUUGCCAAAUCCAAUGGCCUGGAGGGCAGUUUGUCUGGAGAAAUGACCCAAAAAGACAGCUCAAGUGAAAUGUCCUGUGGCCAGGAGUCCAUGCUCAGCUCCCACUUGGCCAGUCAUGGCAGCUUUAGAAAAUCCACCAUGGAACACUUUAGCAGGUCCUUUAAAGAGGCCACCAAUAGGUGUGUGAGGACCACAGAGGACCUCCAAUGCUGUGUGAAGCCAACCAAGGUUAACCCCAAGGAGCACCUCUGGGGUAAGCAGCUUCUCAGGCGAUCUGCAGGGAAAGCUCCAUAUCAGGAAAACGAUGGGUAUUGCCCAGAUUUGGAGCUGAGUGAUUCGGAAGCAGAAAGCGAAGGGAAUAAAGAGAAAGUCAAACUAAGGAGAGACUGCUCAGACAGGGAAAAUCCUCCCCGUGACUCCAGAAGGGAUUGCCAUGGUAAAAACAAGACUCAUCUGCUUUCCCACAGUUCAAUGCAAAGGUGAUUAGAAACUUUCAACGAUAACCCAACCUCUGCCUUUGGGGAAAACCCAUACACCAAAAGGAUUCUAGCAUAUAUGUUAGGAGGAAUUGCAGUAAAAUUUUCCACAGUGUAUUCAUUGACUUGCAGUUUUUCAAGUCCAGUUUUCACAAGCACAUUGUAGGAAUAGCAGAUUAUCUGGGUUUUUAGGGGGUAUUUUUCAUUUGGUUUUGGUUUUAGUCAGAGGCUAUUGGGAACAUUCAGGCCCAGAAUAUUUAUUCACUAAAUACUCUGGGGCUGCUUUCCAGUUAUAUUAGAAUAUCGGUGGAUGAGAAUAUAUAUUAAGAGUCCUUGCCUUGUUUGUGGGAUUUGCAAGAGACCAUGACUAUCAGACACUAAAUCUACUUAUCUUUUGAAGCUACAGCAUGUGACUCCUAGAGCUCGUAUCUGUAGGAAGUUUCU